AUGCGUCAAGAGCUGUCCCUUGAUAACUGCACGUUCACCGUCUCGCCGAGGCGCCCUCCCCUGGCCGAGGCACGCCCAGCCGCGGGGCCGGGCCGCGCUGAGGGCCGCCGCCGCCGCGGCCUAGUGGGCCCGAGCAAGCCGGGCGCUCGCGUAGCCGCGGCUCUCCCGCCCGGGGCGCCGGAGAUGCGGCCUGCGAGCGGGGCCUGGGCGCUGGCGCUGCUGGCGGCUCUGGUGGCGGCGCCCGGCCGGGGCCUCCCGCCGCCGCCGCCGCCGCCUCAGGACGCCGAGCUCACCUUCCUGCUGCCGGCCGGCCGCCGCGAGUGCUUCUACCAGGCCGCGCCGCCCAACGCCUCCCUCGAGCUCGAGUACCAGAUUAUUGGCGGAGCUGGGCUGGAUGUCGACUUCUCCUUGGAGAGCCCUUCUGGCGUGCUGCUGGUGGAUGAAUACCGGAGAUCGGACGGGCUGCACACCGUCGAGCCCACCGAGAUGGGGGACUACAAGCUGUGCUUCGACAACUCCUUCAGCACCAUCUCGGAGAAGCUCGUCUUCUUUGAAUUGAUCUUCGACAGCCCCCAGGAGGACGAGGACUUAAACGGCUGGGCGGAAAUGGCAGAGCCGGAAGAGAUGCUGGAUAUUAAGAUUGAGGACAUCAAGGAAUCGAUCGAGACGGUGAAGAGCCGCCUGGAAAGAAGCAUUCAGAUGCAGGCGCUGCUGAGAGCCUUCGAGGCCCGCGACCGCAACCUGCAGGAGAGCAACCUCAGCCGGGUCAACUUCUGGUCCGCCGUCAACCUCAGCGUGCUGCUGGUCGUGUCAUUCCUCCAGGUGUACAUGUUGAAAAGCCUUUUUGAGGAUAAGCGGCGAGUCUGGAUGUAGCAAGCGGA